ACCAUUCGUGCCUACUUGCGUGACAUCAGUCCAUUACCCAAUGGGGGAUAGUGCAUAGUUGCGCCAAGACCGAGCUCACCACGAACCUCAGGUCGACCAGCAAUUACACACCCGCCCCCGCAACUCCGCCUUCACGUACACCUCGUGCUCAAUUGCUCUCCCAAAGCUGCCGACGCGCUUCCAGCAUGCUUUCCCGGCGCAUCGCAGCGGCUCGCCCACUCCCCAGCACUGUGCUGCGCUCGACCGCCGUCCCGCAAUUCACCCAGCGCCGCACAGCACUCACCGCACACGAGCGCGCCGAGCUGGCCGACCCCAACCAGAACGGCGGCUACAUCAACCCUCCCCUCGAGAAGCGCAGCAACCGUGACCCCUACGCCGACUGGUGGGACAAACAGGACCGCCGCAACUACGGCGAGCCCUGCCACGAGGACCACGACAUCCUGGGUGCUGUCUCGCUGCACGACUACAACCACUUCACACCUGGAUGGGGUGGCGUGCUAUUUGGCACUUUCGUCGUGACAGUCGUUGGCCUGUGCGUUGCCGUGAAGCAGGUCUAUCCGGACAAGGUCAGCGCUCCGAAGACAUACCCUGACGGUCUGGAGGCCGAGCUUGGAGGAAAAGGCGCUAUGCUGGCCAGAAAGCCCGGCGCGGAGUGGUAGACGAGGAGACUGAAAGAAGCCAUGUGUAGAUACCAAUAGUCGAUUGUGCAAUCAACUCUCUCAUUUGUUAUACUGCG